GCGGGAAAUGCUUGUAAGUGCCAAUGUCGAGUUCUGGAAACUACAAUUACCAAGGGGCCACCGGCUCCUGGGCAGUUUCUCGUUUCUGUCGAGUUGACCGUCCGGGCUGCUUCUGAGGGAUCAACGUGACUGGCCAUCAAGUUCAGCCACUGCCCAAGUCGUUGUUCAGUUCAGCUGGUGAUGAGAUGGGGGUCAACCAGUCCGUGAGCUUUCCACCUGUCACGGGACCCCACCUCGUAGGCUGUGGGGAUGUGAUGGAGGGUCAGAGCCUCCAGGGUAGCUUCUUUCGACUGUUCUACCCCUGCCAAGAGGCAGAGGAGACCUUGGAGCAGCCCCUGUGGAUUCCCCGCUAUGAGUACUGUGCUGGCCUGGCCGAAUACCUGAAAUUUAAUAAGCGCUGGGGGGGUUUGCUGUUCAGCCUGGCUGUGGGAUCUUGUCGCCUGCCUGUUAGCUGGAAUGGCCCCUUUAAGACAAAGGACUCUGGAUACCCCUUGAUCAUCUUCUCUCAUGGCAUGGGAGCCUUCAGGACGCUGUAUUCGGCCUUCUGCAUGGAGCUGGCAUCUCGUGGCUUUGUGGUUGCUGUACCAGAGCACAGGGAUGGGUCAGCUGCGGCCACCUGUUUCUGCAAGCAGACCCCAGAGAAGAACCAGCCUGAUGAUGAGGCCCUGGAGGAGGAAUGGAUCCCCCACCGUCAAAUUGAGGAAGGGGAGAAGGAAUUCUAUGUUCGGAACUAUCAGGUGCAUCAGAGGGUAAGCGAGUGUAUGAGGGUGUUGAAGAUCCUACAAGAGGUCACUGCUGGGCAGACCAUUCUCAACAUUUUGCCUGGCGGGUUGGAUCUGAUGACCUUGAAGGGCAGCAUUGACGUGAGCCGCGUGGCUGUAAUGGGACAUUCGUUUGGAGGGGCCACAGCUAUUCUGGCCUUGGCCAAGGAGACGCAAUUUAGGUGUGCUGUGGCUUUGGAUGCUUGGAUGUUUCCUCUGGAACGUGACUUUUACCCCACAGCCCGAGGCCCUAUCUUCUUCAUCAAUGCUGAGAAGUUCCAAACAGCGGAAACUGUCAACUUGAUGAAGAAGAUUUGUGACCAGCAUGACCAAUCCAGGAUCAUAACUGUCCUUGGUUCUGUUCAUCGGAGUCUAACCGACUUUGUUUUUGUGGCUGGUAACUGGAUUAGUAAAUUCUUCUCCAGUCAGACCCGUGGAAGCUUGGACCCCUAUGAAGGUCAGGAGACCGUGGUGCGGGCCAUGUUGGCCUUCCUGCAGAAGCAUCUUGACCUGAAAGAGGACUAUGACCAAUGGAACAACCUCAUUGAAGGCAUUGGACCAUCACUAACCCCAGGGGCCCCACACCAUUUGUCCAGCCUGUAGGCUCAACUGGUCAUUGUGGAAGGUCACUGAGCUGAGUUUCCACGUGGGGCCUGCCCAGGGACACCCCUGGUCUCCUGUCAGGAAGUGAUUGCCAUGACCCUUCUGUGUUGAUUGAGAGGAUAUAAUCACACUGCUGAUUGGUAACGGGGCACUUGAAUCUCAGACUUGUUGAUCUUAAAGUCCUACUGGGACUUGGGUCACUUACUGAUGGGCAAAUGGACAUUCUGAGGACUGAGACUUGAUGGUGUGGGGAACAAGCAGUGAGAUGGGGCUGGGGAAGACCUAAGCCCUAAGCUGAGCACUAUGAGCCCUGUUAACCCAGCCAGCCAACACCCUCACCUUGGACCAGUGUGGCUUCUGCAGUGGAAGAAACGAAGCCAAAGGAUGGAGGGAAAAUUCCCACCUUCCGGACCUCUAGCCCAUCUUGGCACCGUCUCUUCCUCCUUCUCUGCCUUUCCCUCCUCCCCAGAGCUGCUCGGUGAGUUCUGAGCACUUUAGGUAGCUUUCUAGGAUCUGGACCACCAUCAGAUUUUUCUGUUUAUUUUCAAGCCUUCUCAUUGCAUGAAGCAUAGUCCUGGGCAUUUAGUCAGGAGAAGGUAUACUUGUUAGCCUGUAGAAGGGGCAGAUAGCCUUGUCAUGAUAGCACAGGGAGAGAGGCUGAGGGACAAGAGGUACCCCAUAAGCUCUGGAUGUCUUAGAGUUUUGCUGAAAAUCUCGCUUGACAGGAAACAACACAAAUAGGUUGAUGGAGAAAGUAGAAUAACAGUGGUAAGUAGCCAUUUGAACAGGCCCUCACUGCAAAAGGGAGAGAGUUUGGUCAGUUCGAAUGCAGGAAGCCAUCUCUAGAGAGAAGCCUAGAAACACUUCGGUUUCGCUUCUUACCUUAGGUAUUGUGAGCCUCCAACUUGCUCAGAAUCUGGGUGCUCUAGUUGUCUGUCUUCUGGCUCUGAGGUCCUAGUCUCAGAGUUAAGUCAAGCUAUAGACUGAAUUUCCGUUUUGUCCCAUUUGUAAUGUGAAUGAUAUUAAUACUCAUGUUUGCCUAAUGAUAUGUUGGAGUAUUUUCUAUAUUUAAUCUUCAUUACAGCAAGAUGGGGAGCCAUCUGGAAGUAACUUUUCCUUCUGUCUUUCUUUGAUUGCUUACCGCGGGUGCCAGUGUGGAAAACGAUCUUUAAAAGGAAAGGAAGUCUUCCUUGGGAUCUAGUUCAAAGCUGUCUGGGAAUAUCAACCUCAGACACCCCUCUCCACUACUCUAGACCUCUCACUUCAGUCCAAGUGGGAGACCCCAGAGGAGGCAAGAGAAAGAGGGAAAUGCGACUCUAUAUGACAGGUCCAAGGUCGGUGUCACCAGGGCAAGCUGGGACUGUGUCUCCCGUCUAUCAACAGCUAUUCUUUCUCAGAGGUGAAGCACCACAUCCAGUGAGGCUGUGGACCUACCUGGGAAGCAUCUGUGGAUUCCAGUGAGACGUAGCGUGAGGAGGAUGUCAUGAAAGCCCCAGGCUCUAAAGUUCUAUAAUCUGGUUUCCUAUAGCCAGGCUCCACCACUGCUCACUGCGUACAUUUGAGCAAAUUAUAGUGUCUCAGUUCCUGCGUUUCUAAAAUGAGGAUCUGCAUUAUGCACACUUAGGAUUAAGUGAAAGGAUGUAUAACCCAUGUGUUAUUUAAAGUAUGUUUCCUACUUUCCAAACUUGGGAGAUUUUUGUCGUUACCCUAUAGCUGUUUUCCACCUUAACUGCUUUUGGUCAGAGAAAAUGACCCACAUGGUUUUUUUAUCCUGAGACUUGCUUGUUGACCCAGUGUGAGGUCAAUUUUGUAAAUGUUCCAUGUCUGCUUAGCAGCACCGUACAUUCUGAGGUUUUUUGGCUUGCUGUUUUACUCAAGCAUACAUGAUGGAUUUCCUUCUGUGAGAGUGCAUACAAGUGCCUUCCAAGCCCCAGACAGGGACCAGAGCCCAUCAGCGCUUACAGAAGCAGCAGAAGCCAUCCCUCGUGCCCGGGGAUGGUUGUACAGAUGCUGAGGAGUCAGUGCUAACAGCGUGAGCACCUGAGACCCAGCGUCUGCCUUAGACCCAUAACAAUAAUGGGUAUAUCUUGUGAAGACCUGAAACUUCCUAAAGAAGGAAGUUGUUUAGAGACUGGACCCAUCUCCUCCAUUCAGUUCGUGUUCUGGCAAUGACUCAUUGAUCCAGUGUCACUGGAGUAGAGGAAUCUUCCCCACUGAAAAUGAUCCUUUAAGUCACAAAAUGUCGUAUUGACUAUUUUGAACAGUAAUUUGCCAAAAAGAUAACGCACAUACUUCUUACUGUGAUCUGACCUCUUCUUAGGAUGUUUCCAUUGGGAUAGACCAGAUGGUAUGGUGGGAACAAAGAGACCCCAAAGGGGUAAAUGUUUACUUCUUGCCCACGCUACUUGUCCUCUGUGUGUUGGCUCAAGGCUCUCCUCGGUGUCAUUUUUAUCCUUACCUGGAGACCCAGGCCGGGAGAGCUGCCACUCUCUAGAGUUGUUCCCAUUGGCUGUGGUGGAGCAGGAAGAGAGUGGAGAAGCACUGCUAAGUCCUUAAAGCUCCUGCCCAGAAGUGACGAUCAUCAUUUCCAUUUACAGUUCAUUGGUCAAAGCUAGUCAUCCGGCUGUAGCUAACAUUCCAUUCAGUCCCCAGAGAACAAAACCACCUGUGUCCAGAUCUAUUAUCAGUGCAAUGGCACCCUCUGGUCUGUGAAGAUGUGGAGAGCUGUUUGCACCUUUGCUCCAGGCUCCGAGCUGCUAGCCUCUUAGUUGCUUUUCAACCAUCUAAAGUAAAUGUGAGAGUCGGUGCAUAAAGAAGGCUGAGUGCUGAAGAAUUGAUGCUUUUGAACUGUGGUGCUGGGGAAGACUCUUGACAAGAGUCCCUUGUUGUGCAAGGAGAUCCAACCAGUCCAUCCUGAAGGAAAUCAGUCCUGAAUACUCAUUGGAAGGACUGUUGCUGAAGCUCCAAUACUUUGGCCACCUGAUGUGAAGAGCCAACUCUUUGGAAAAGAUCCUGAUGCUGGGAAAGAUUGAAGACAGGAGGAGAAGGGGGUGACAGAGGAUGAGGUGGUUGGGUGGCAUCAUUGAUUCAAUAGACAUGAGUUUGAGCAAACUCCCUGAGAGGGUGGAGGACAGAGGAGCCUGGUGUGCUACGGGCCCUGGGAUCUCAAAGAGUUGGACAUGACUUAGCGACUGGACAGCAAUAACAACAAAGUAAAACUAAGAGGGCUUAGUUUACUGAGAGAGGGCUUUAGGGACACUCCUGCAACUAGAAUGCACAGCCUUUAGUGCUUAGACUUUGUAAUCAUUCCUUUCACUGCUUAGAGUGGGUACCACAGGUCUUUGGCCUUUUGUCCUAGUUUUUUGUUAGCUUCCAGCAAACUGAAGGGCCCCAGUUAAAUGGCCUUUUAGAUAGGUAAAGUAAUCCUGCAGGUAACUGAUAUGUGCUCAUAAAUUGCAUUCUAGUGAAUCCUUUCCAAAAGCAAAGAUGUCCUAGGUUUCUUUUGCAUAUUCUUGUUUCCCAUCCCACUGUUGGACCAUACCUGCGGAGGCAUCCUAGUGGUAAGGUAUGUUGUGACAUUGCUGCGUGCAGGGUGGUGCAUGAGGCAGGACAGUAAGUAAAUACGAGAUGGAAUGAGUGUCCCCAUCCCUCCCAGGUCCUGGACAUGUCAGACUAAGAUUGACCGGGUUCCUGUUAUCCUCUCAGCGGUUCCCAAGCCCUUUUCCAGUAUGUGUCCUGCUUGCCCUUCUUCAAGAAGACCACUGGGCUCUUGUAAUGUCAAUUGAUGGACUCCAACUCUGUGUCUUGGCCUUGUGGGAACCUUUGUCUGUCCCCUUUGCCUUCUGGGUCACCACUUACCCCUGGGCCUGCAAAGUGACAGAGGGACAGGAGAGGCCUUACUCUGUACUUGGGACCUAGCCUCAGUAGGAAGCUCACUUUCUGUCCCAUCAAAGUGGAUGCAAAAGCCAAGUGUCCCUGGCCAUAGCUGCAUGGAAACUGAUGACACUGAUGACGAUCAUCAUCAUCAUGAUAGCCAACACUUACUGGGCCCUUACUGUGUGUCCCAGACUGUGACCAGGGCUUUACAUGCAUCAUCUCAUUUGCUGUUCACAGUAAGCCCAUGAGGUCAGAUGGUAUUAGCCUCAUUUUAUGUGUGAGGAAACGGUCGUAGAGAAGUUUUUUGAUCCAGCUCUCACAGAAAGAAUUUGACAAAACUGGAAUUCAGGCAUCAAAAUCUAAACUCUUAAUCACCAGGCCCCAUGGCCUAAUAGAUAACCUUGGUUUUGCCUCAUAGAUAACCCUUCUCUUUAAAAGGACUUCCCAGGUAGGGCAGUGAUAAAGAAUCUGCCUGCCAAUGCAGGAGAUGCAGGAGACACAGGUUUGAUUCCCUGGGUCAGAAAGAUCCUCUGGAGUAGGAAAUGGUGAUCCAAUCCAAUAUUCAUGCCUGGAAAAUUCCAUGGACAGAGGAGCUUGGCAGGCUACAGUCCAUGGGGUCGCAUAGAGUCAGACAUAACUAAGCAUACACAUACACACCUUCUCCUUAAACUCUCAGGUUAUAAGGAAUGUAAUUUAAUGAGAUUGAAUCAAGAAGGUUAAACUCCCCAGCAAUUUCUAUGUGACUUGCAUUGAGAUUUAAUGACAUCCUGAGAAACAGAUCUGGGAGAGAACGGAGCUUUGCCGAGAACUGUGGGCCAGGUGCUCUGUUGAUUUGACAGAUGAGGAAAGCAGUUCAGGGUCGAAGAACAUGAUUUGAAAUCAGACAGCGCCAACACUAUUAGUCCUGUGACUUUAUGCUAACUUGUUAACUUUUACAAGCUUUAACUCCCUCAUUUGUAAAAUGGGAAUUCCAAUAGUAUAACUUAGGGUUGUUGUAAUAGUUAAAUGAAAUAAUGUAUGUUAAGUGCUUAGCACAGUGUCUAUUUUAAGGGCUUAAUAACAUUAGCCAUGAGGACCUCCCUGAUGGUCCAGUGGCUAAGACUCCACGCUCCCAGUGCAGGGGUCCCAGGUUCAAUCCCUGGUCAGGGAACCAGAUCCCACAUACCACAACUAAGAGUGCAUGGCACAACUAAGACCCUGCACAGCCAAAUAAAUAAUUUUUUAAAAAUUAGCGAUCAACUGCCCUGCAGAUGCCAGACUCGCCGGCACCACGGGUGCGGCCGCCCUGCUGCACCUGUGCUGUUGGGGCAGAGAGGAAGCGGCUAUUUCUACGCUCAGUGCUCGGAACCGUGGGCACUAAGAAUGGUUUGUAGCCGGACAUCACCGAGGGAGCCCCUUGUUCCCACGUGCACGGAAGAGAAGGCCGGGGAGGACUAAGUGAGCGACAGGCACACGGUGAGCUUGGGUCCGGUGGGGUUGACCCGGAGAGGGUCUGCUGGAAAUGAUGGCUCUUGUCAGUCUGUGGGAGGACUGUUUAGGAGUCCCUUGAGGAAAGGCCAGAGGAUUCCGUUGAUGGUGCUGCUGCAGAAAAACAGGGUUUGGGUGGAUUCGCUGAUUAGAAAAAUAAAUAAAUAAAAAUAAAAAUUAGUGAUCAUAACUAUUUUAUUUGGCCCUUCUUACAUACCUGUAAGUUUAGGGAUAAUCUGUCCUUGUGCUGAAUGGUCCAACAUGGUCUUGGUCUCAUUCUCAUUCCAGCUUCUCCAGUUUCAGUGAGCUCCGUGCUAACUGCCCCACUGUCAUGGGAGGGUGGAGCUAGAUGAAGAGAGUUUUCCCAUUCUCUCCGCUCUGAUCUCCCUGCUCCUCACCUCAAAAAUAAAAAUUCACACUGCA